UCGUGGACCGUCUCGCGGCUAAACCCCUUAUCCCCUUCGCCUCCGGGAGAGAAGAGCAGAGCGGAAGCGGAAGCGGAAGCGGCGCGGCGGCGGCGGCGGCGGCUUCCCGACCCCGGAGGAGAUGGAGCUUGUGUCGUCGUCUCGCUCCGUCCUUCCGUACCGCGGAGGCCUAGCUGUUGCUGCUCCGUCGAGGACGGCGUCCGGGAGCUCGAGGCGCAGGAGGACAAGCGGAUUCGGAUGCGCUUUGGGUUGCGGCGGGGAGGGGAAGAGCGUGGCGGGGGGGACGAUCAGGAGGAGGGCGGCUCUCGCUUUGCUGCUAGCUUCGCCGGCGAUGUCGGUGGCGUUCUCGGCGCACGGGAAGACCAAAAGCAAGAACCCUUAUGACGAGAGGCGGCUGCUUGAGCAGAACAAGAAGAUCCAGGAAGCCAACCGGGCCCCUGAUGACUUCCCAAACUUCAUCAGGGAAGGUUUUGAAGUCAAAGUAGUGACAUCUGACAGCUACAUAACCCGAGACUCUGGGCUAAUAUAUGAGGACAUCAAAGUUGGUACAGGCAAUUCUCCAAAGGAUGGUCAGCAGAUUAUAUUUCACUAUAUCGGGUACAAUGAAUCAGGCCGCAGGAUAGAUAGCACCUAUAUUCAGGGUUCACCUGCCAAAAUUCGGUUGGGAAACAAAACACUGGUUCCAGGUUUUGAAGAAGGGAUACGGGACAUGAAACCAGGUGGUAAGAGAAGAAUUAUUAUACCUCCAGAGCUUGGUCCUCCUGUUGGGCCAUCGACAUUCUUCAGCGCGAAGCAGUUCGAAGUAUUCGAUGUUGAACUACUCGCUGUGCAGGACUGCCAGCGGAGAACAAUAGCCUUCUACUCCGAUGUGGUGUGCAGCUGAGCGAAAAAUGAUCAUCGAAUCUCCAGUUUGUGUGGGCUGGUGGCAAACUGCAUGUGCACUCUAAUGUAAAUGUCAGAAAAAGGGGUUUUGUUACUGGCCAAAUUUCAGAGCUCAAGAACUACGUCGUGGCGCAGUGGGCACUUGUCCUCGCUCACCUCACCUAGUAUCUUCUUUCUCCUUUCAUAUCCAGCUUUUUUUUAGAUUUCAGAGUUGCUUGUACUGUAAAUGUAAAAGAAUGUAACGAUGACUUCAGAGUUGGUGCUGCCAUGUGAUGAUUGAAGGAAGGAACAAGUAGCACCUUCGUCCUA